UUGCUGGAACAUGAUUUUAUUUGAAUUUUAGCAUAUUUUUUGAGCCAAAAUUAACCAUUUUUGAUUGAAUAAUCAAUCAAUUCCAAUGAAAAUGUCUUCCAGAUCAACAUUAUCGAUGAUUGAUUCAUCAGAAGAAUCAAGCUCUCAGCAACAACAAUCGGAUCAUCCACAACGUCCAAAACGUUUAGCAGCUCAAAGAGCUAAAGUAUAUCUAAAUGAUAAUCUUGAUCAUUGGAAUGAAGAACGUGCCCUGCAAAAAGCAUUGGAGGCAAGUUUAGUCGAUGAAGCGGCAAGAAUCAGUUUCCAAUUACAACAAAAUCAAUUCACCGAUACCGAACAAGAAGAGAAUAGCAGUGAUAGUGAAUCCAGUAAUAGCAGCGACUAUACAACGGCAACAACAACCAAUUCAAUCACUAGUGAUCAAGAAACAAUGGGUCCAAGACAAAGUCAACAACCAAAACAGAAUGGUGGAGCUAGCCACAUUAAAUCAUCGACAACAAAAAAGACCAAAAUUGGAUCAAAAUUAGUUAGAAAUCAAACAACAUCAACGACCAAUAAAAAGAAUAACAAAAAAACUAAUCCAUCCAAAUCAAAUAAUAAUCGUACAUCAUCAACAGCGACCAUAAUGAAUGGUAAAACGAGAUCGACAAUUGGAAAAUCAUCUCGAAAAAUUGAUGAUUCAAUAACAACAAAUAAUAAAAAAAAUGCUGUGCAAAAUAGAAAAACGAAUUUUGGAAGUAAACACGGUGCUGGAUCAUCAUCAUUCGAUUCUUGUGAACAUCACCGUCAACAGAUUGUCCAAUCCGAUACUGAUGAUGAUGAUGGUGACGAUGACGACCAAGACGAUGAUGAUGAUGAUGAGGAAAUAAAAAUGUCGCUUAAUCGUCGAAAUAAUCUUACUGAAAUGGAAGAUGAUAAGGGUGAUGGUGGCGAAGAAAAGCCGCAAACAAAAUAUCUGAAUGAUGUACAUAUCCGUCGUACGGUUGCAGCGCAACGUAAAUUUGCCAUCAAUUCAAUCGUCUAUCAAUUGGCUAAUCAAAAACUAUCAUCCACAUCGCCUCCACCGCCAUCCUCAUCAUUAAUUAAUCAAAAUAAUCAAAUGGUCAAUAUCGAGCAGAGAUUGGAAAAGAAAUUCGAAUUGUUUCCCAACAAAUUGAUCAAUUCGAAUGAUUUUGUCACAUGGAUGUGUCACGUUGAUGUUGAUGACCUGUUUCGUAGCAAUCAAUUGAUUGAAUUCCCACGUACAUAUCGUUAUCGUGAUAUCUAUCCACGUGAUUAUGCUAUGGGCAAAUAUCAUGAUGUUAAUGACAGUAAUGAUGAUGAUUAUGAUCAACAAACGGAUUCGGAUUCAGACGACCAAGACGAUUCGUCCGAUACCGAUUCGGAUUCGGAUGAUAACAAUGAAAGCGAAAACAAUGAUGAUGACGACGAUAAUGUUGUUCUAAUCGAAUCAAAGCCAAACAAAUCUAAUUCCCGAAAUAAUAAUCGGCAACGUCAAUCGUCGACUAGAACCUUGACUCGACAAUCGGGUAGAAAGCAAGGUGAUACUAAUGCUAAUAAUGUCAAAUCCAAUCGAUUGAAUCGUCGUGCCAAACCGACAACGAUUGUUGAUUUUUUAUCCGAAGAUUCCUCUUCAUUUUCUGUUGAUGAUACCGUCAAAGAAGAACGAAACAAUGACCAUGAUGAUGAUGAGAAGCCUGUCAAGUUGGAACCUCGCAUAACACGCUCGAAUAGAAAAAUUGAACCGGAUAAAAGCAGCAAGACUAUGGAACGGGCCAAGAAGAAAAAACAAUCGCCCAAAAGAUCGGACCGUAAAAUUGAAACCGAAGAGAUUAGAGAACGCGCACUGCAAUAUUAUACCGAUCUGAGGUAUCGCAUGAAAGAUAUCGAAAAUAAAUAUCAACAAUCCAGAUAUCAACGUUGUGAUCGUAAUAACAAUCCCGCUUCCAUCAUCCACCAGCCAUCCUCUUCAUCAUCAUCAUUAUCAUUGAAUAAACAACCAGGUCUAAAACGCCCACAAUGUACAUCGAUUUCAUUUUCUUCAACAUCAUCAUCAUCGUCGUCGUCGUCAUCAAGUUCAUCGUCGAAUGAUGAUUCCGACGAUAUGGAUGAACAGAAGCCGAAAAUAUCACAUCGACAACAACAGCAGCGUGGCAGAUCAUCAUCAACAGCUGAGGAUAACGCAGCGGCAACUGUCAAUUCAUUGCGACGUAUCAAGACGUUACGACGAGCCGUUAUGCGAAAAAUGAUGACAGACAACAACGAUAAUCAAAUGCAAAAAUCAAAACGAAAAACUAAACGUUCCACUCUGAAUCAAUUGAAGAAGGAAACUGAUUCAGCCCAACAACAACAAGCAUCAUCGUCAUCAUCGUUCGAUAUUCGAACCAGAGCGUCGAUGCGUCGUACGCGACAAAGUCAAUCACAGCAUAAGAACCGUUCGAAGAAUAAUUUCCUAUAUCGACAAUAUGAUGGUAAUGAUAAUGAUGAUAGCUGUAGUAACCAACAAUCCAUUGACUCAUCACAUUCAACCACCCAAUCUAAUAAUAAUAUUGCCGAAGCUAACUAACACUAUUUACCAUUCAUACACAGAUUCUAAUCUUUCUUUCGUUUUUCCUUUUUUCUUUUUUCCCUUUCAUUCACGAAUUUCAAGUUGAUUUAUAAAAACAUUCAACAUUUUGCUGAUUGUUGCGGAUUUUUAAAUUGUUGUUAUCUGUUGUUUGAAUUUGUUCUGCUGAUCCAAUCAAAAUAAAAACUGAAAUUACCCAAACUAACAUUUUUCACUUUUUUCUAAAAAUGAUUUAGCUCGUCAAUCUAAACGUAGUCGUUACAUACUAACAUUUCGACCACCAAAACGACCUUCACGACAAGCAUCGAAGCAAAAAUGCGAGCAAAUCAGUGAUGAAAUUGACAGCAAAU